AUGUCUCAGCAGCAAGUGUCAGAUAAUGGCACCCCUGGGGACUUCCAACACCCCAAUCAGAAUCUACGCCGGUCGAUCAUCAUAGCGCUUUACUUUGCCUUCAUUUUGUCCACAACUGCUGUUGGCCUCCGACUGCUGGCGAGAAGGGUGAAUGGCACCCGGCUGUACUUGGAUGAUUAUCUGAUCAUCAUCGCUCUUCUCUUCAAGUAUGGAUGCUCCAUAGGGGUUGUCAUCCUGCUUUUCAACGGGUUGGGGUCCCAUAUCACGAUGAUCCCGAAGAAAAAUCUCGAAGUGUAUCUGAAGAUUGGAUGGUCAAAUUCCUUCGUCUACACCGGCUGCAUAGUUUUUAUUAAACUCUCCAUCCUAGCACUUUACAAGCGACUCUUCUCCACACCCCCCAUGAUCCUUGCCGCGAAUAUUGUUGCGGGAUUUGUCCUCCUCUGGGCCGUGAGUAUCUGGGUAGUAGGUGCCAUGUUGUGCCUACCAGUCAACAAGUUCUGGAAUCCAAGCGUUGAAGGAUCUUGCCUGGACUCUGCCAAGUUUUACUAUGGCAUGCAGAUCCCCAACAUUCUGACGGAUGCGGUCCUUCUGGUUAUGCCGAUGAAGCUUGUCUGGUCUCUACCGAUCUCCAGGCGCCAGCGACUGCUGCUCUCCCUGGUGUUUAUUGUUGGUGGCUUGACUCUCAUCUUCGACAUUGUGCGGCUACUUGCGAUGAUUGCCCUUACAAAAGCUGGGUCCGACAUUACCUACAACCAAGUCCCCGUGGUCGUAUGGACGUGCAUUGAGGCCGCAGUCGGAAUCACCGCUGCCUGCCUUUCCAACCUAAGACCAUUAUUCCAACUCAGCCGGGUCCAGUUCUGGUCGCAGCUUCGAUCUUCCCAGGCCCAGUCGGCCAAGCAGCCUCUCAACCAGUGCGAGUCGCAGGAACUGUCGACUGCAGGAAGCAACUAUGAUCCUUACUUCACCCAGAACAGCAUCUACACUCGACACAGUAUCUCCAUUCAGUAUAGCAAGCCAUGA